CGUCAUUAUCGUUCAACCAACAACAACAUAAAUGGCGGCGGCAUAGUAGUGUGCAACGAACAUACUUUCCUUACAGCAGGUAAGCCGGCUUGGUGGCCAGUACCGGUGAGUUCAGUGUCGGAGGAUGGCUAAAAAGUUGCUAUCCCUGCUUAAGUGUCCGCCAACUCAGAAUAUCAGUGUUCAGGUGACGGAUCCAGACAAGAUAUACACCUGUAUAAAGCAACUCCACCAAAGUACCGAUCUAAUGAAAGACAUCUAUGAUGCAUAUUCCGGCACGGUUAAGUUUGGCGAAAACAAACUGCGGGAAACAGAUGAUACCCUGACGAAGAUGGGUGUCAUGUUGACCAAUUUCGACUCGUCUCUAAACAAAUGGGGAAGCCAUCUACGAACAGACGCAGAACAACUUCGAGAGAAAGAACAGCGCUUGGAACGGUUGAAAAAAGAAGUCGAAUUUGAUAGGAAUUGGUUGUUAGAAAAGCGGGAACAAUUUCCAAUGAAAUUGCAAGAUGAUGACUAUCAAAAGGCUAUGAGAAUCCAAAAGAUCAGGGAUUAUCGUGAGGAGCGAGGUUUGCUAGAAACGAGGAAUAAAAAGGCUGACGAACAGAUAGAAAAGAUAUUAGAAAACAUAGACGGUGCGGAGGAGAAAUGCGAUACUAUACAGAAGGCACGAGGUGAUCAAAGUCGGGCGCACAAGGCUGACCUCAAAAACCUGAUGGUCGAUUGGGAGGAGAGUAGAGGCAAACGAGAGCUCCUCCAAUCCCUAGAUAUCCACCCUAAAACCUUGCUCUCGUCUCUGGCAGACAAAGAAGACUGGCGAGCUAAAGAUAAGGAGUUAUCUGACCUGCGGAAGGAACAUGAUCUGUUGCGAGAAAACGUCCAGGAUCAGCAAGAUCGAAAAGAUAUGCUGCGCCUACGCAAUGAUGAGCUACGGAGGCGAGUAAUGCAUAAUGAAGCUGUUCUUCAUAAUCUGAGGGAGGAAGCAAAGGAAGAGCAUUUGAGCAAAGAUGGCACGUCCUACAAGCAUGAAGAUAGGCAUGAAUCUCACAGGCAUGGAAGGAGUGGAGCAUCCCAUAGGCAUCAUGACAAAGAAGGGUCCUCUCAUAGACACGGAACCUCCCAAAGACAUCACGAUCAUGGUACAUCCCACAGGCAUCAUAGCCACGGAAAGCCGCACAAAGACCACGAUUAUAGUACCUCGCACAGAUAUGGAAGCAGGGAUGGUUCUCCUCCGAGGCAUUGGAACAGGGAUGGAUCGCCGCCAAGGCAUAGCCACAAGGACGGAACAACCCAUCGACAUAACAGGGAUGGAUCGCCGCCAAGGCAUCGCCACAAGGAAGGAACAACCCAUCGGCAUGACAGGGAUGGAUCGCCCCCAAGGCAUAGUCACAAGGACGGAACAUCCCAUCGGCAUGACAGGGAUGGAUCGCCUCCAAGGCAAAGUCACAAGGACGGAAAUUCCCAUCGGCAUGACAGUACAGCAUCUCAUAGGCAACGAAGCCGGGAUUUAUCUCCGCAAAGACAUGUGAGCAGAGAUGGGUCUCCUCCAAGACCCGAGAAAAGAGAUGUAUCUCCACCUAAUAAACAUGCAAACAGAGACGUGUCCCAUGGGACCAGGGAUGUGUCCUACGGACACAAAGAAGGGUCUCAUGGAAUAAGGGAUGGGUCACAUGAAAGCAGGGAUGUAUCUCCUCCCAGAUAUGGAAACAGGGAAACAUCUCACAGAAGCAGUGAAGGGCCCCAUGGAAAUAGGGAAGGGUCCCCUCCUAGACAUCAGGAAAAUUUUGAUACAACAAUCAGGCGUGGGAGCAGAGUAUCAGCAUCAAAUACAAGGAACAAGGACAGCUCUCCUCAAAGACACGGAAAUAGGGAUGUAUCCCCUCCAAGAGAAGGUAACAGGGAUGUAUCCCAAGGAAACAAAGAAAGGUCCCCUAAAAGACACGAGAAUAGGACUGUAUCACCUGGAAACAGGGACGAAUCUCCUGUUUUGCGCCCAGACAGUCAUAAGGACGGCACAACACACAGACGUGGGAGCAGAUUGACGUCACCUAAACCUGGGAUAAGGGAUGGUUCAUCACACACAGGGAUGGGCAGAGACACUGUAUACGAGAACAGGGACGGAGGCUACCUCCAAGAACAACUUAGCUUGAGUCAGUUCGGCAGCCAGACGAUCGUGGGGCACCAGUCGUCUGAUGAGGACUUCACACAGCUGUGAGUAAACAGAGGAUUCCAACUAGCAAACAGUCCUAAAGAACAGCCAGAACCCCAACACAUGGACAAUAGACACUGAGUGCUAUCUCGUGUCCGAAAGGUCUAUAAGAAAAAGUAAAAGAACAUUCUCUCUUAUCUUUCCUUUUUAGGUUUUUUGAGUAUAACAUUUAUAGAUUGGAUAAGAUCUAAAGAGCUUAUUCAAUCAAUAUGAACGAUCUCUGUAAUGAUACUCUGUCAAGUACAGAAAUGUACUUUUCUAAGACGUCUCACUAAUGAGCAUGUCCGUCCAUUUUGUAGUUUUUAUAGUUUUGUAAUUCUGUGAUAUAUGAAUAUAUAAUACAUUGUUAAAAAAAUGUUCCUUUUUUCGGAUAGAGAAAGAAUUUGCAAUUCGGUUUAAAACCUAGCGUUUGACUAAAGAGCAUGCGUCAUGUACGCCACUUCCUGUCCAUGUUUAUGUAUAAUCUGGAUUUCUAUGUUAUUUUGUGUAUUUUGUAUAUUUCAACUUACUUUGCUGAUGCUAGACCCGAAAUCACAAACUUUUUAAGUUUAAAACCGUUCACAUUGUUCAAAAGCAGUUUAAUAUUAGUGGUUGUGUUUUCAUUGAAUUGGUAAAUUAGUUUUGCAUUCUGUUAAAGAAAUCAUCUAACCAUUUUAAAAUAUGAAAUAUAAGCAGGUUUAGUUAAACUGACUCUAAACAGUGUAUCUAGAAGUAUUUCUUGGAUGUCGAAAUACGAAUUGUAGGUAUUUAUUUACACAGCACUCAUAUGAACUGUGGAAAAUGUCGAAGAUAAACUCCGAAUGUGAAAACUAUCUAAAGUAUCUUAUCUAUAAACAAACAUCACACUUGUACAAUCUUAGUGGUUUUGCUGAUUUUGAAACUUUUUCAAGUGCAUAUACCUGUAUUCUGUGUCUCGUGUAACUAAGUAUUUCCAAAAUGUACUAUCACCGAAAUCGGACAUCGUUUGAAGUCUUAGUGUUCAAUGGUAUCUUUGCAAUUUUUUUUGCAAUUGUUAGAUUUUCAUCGAAGAUAUUUUGUAUCUUCCACGUGUCCAUUUUCACAAUUUUAAGAAAUAAGAACCGUUCUAUUUUCUGUUGCUGAUAUACAGUUAUAGACAAGCACUGAGUUAACACGAUUUACCGCUAAAUCAUUUGUAACUGAGAUGACCUCUAACUGUUUGUACUCAUGAUCGUACGGUUGAUAUUGUCAGUAUGUGUUAGUGUCAAAUUAAACGAGCUUCAGAUAGAUGUGUGUCUUGAUUAAUUA